AUGGAGAAGGUUAUUGCUUUUAAGAUUAGAGAUGGAAAAGAUAGAUAUUAAAUAAUUGAAAAUAUUGAUUAAGGAGCAUAAGGAAUAGUAUAAAAAGCUAAGGAUAAUCAUGAUCCAAGAUAAUAAAUGGUUGCAUACAAGUAUCAAAACUUAUUGGAAAAGUAAAAUAAAAUUAAUAAUUAAGCAGGAACCAAAACUGAUAGAGAAAUUGCUUUUUCAAGAGAAUUACUUAGAAUAAUUAGAGAAAUUGCAUCAUUUGCACUCUGCCAUCCAAAUAUUGUAGAGAUAAGAGACUCCUUCUUAACUGAAGAAGGAGAAAUGAUCAUAAUUAGUGAAUUGGCAGAAAUGAAUCUAUUUAGUUAUAGAGAGAAACAAGGAAAUAUAGCCCCAUCUUAAGUUUCCGUUAUGAUGCUAUAAUUACUCGAAGGAUUAGAUUGUAUUCACAAAAAUGGAUUUAUACACAGAGAUUUAUCUCCAGACAAUAUUCUAGUUUUUUCUGAUAACCUUAUAAAAAUUUCCGAUUUUGGAGUAGCUGCUUAAGGAAAUUAAACAAAAUCUGUUUAUGGAAAAGUGAAUUACAUGGCACCAUAGAUUACACUUUAAGACCCUUAUAAUGAAAGUGUUGAUAUAUGGUCUUUAGGCAUAAUUCUCUACUAUUUAUGCACGGGAAAAGAUAAAAAAGGCAGUAAAUCUGUUAGCUCAAUUAGACUUUCGAAAUAGUAAAUCGAAUUCCCUUAAAAUUACUCCUAAUUCCAAGAAAUCUUUGAUUAAAUGACAUAAUUCGAUGAAAUAUGUAGGCCAUCAAUUACUUAACUGAGACAAGAUUUUAUAAAGCUUAUCAACCCAAAUGAAAGCGGAUAUUUAGAAUAUUAGAAAAAGCUUAUAAAAUUUUAACUAGAUUCAAUAAAGUAAAGACUAGAUAAAGAUAUAGAAAAGUAUUUUCAAUUUCUUUAGAUUUAUAAUGAUAAUCCUAAUGAAUCAAUACACGAUGCAAUUCAUUCUUAAGUUAAUGAUUUACAAAACAAACUAAAAGAAAUUUAGAAGCAAGUAAGGUCUUACAUAGCUGAAACGUUUGGCGAAAAAGAAAAACAUUUGAAAUUCUAAAAUGUUAUCGAAACAUGCUAAGUGAUCAAGCCAAAUAAAGGCAACGAAUAAAUUUUAGAAUCUAAUAUGUCCUUGACUCAGAUUUUAAUUACUGAUUUACAAAAAGAAGUAAAUAGUGCACUUAAUGCGAAGGCAAAUGCAAAUGCAAACAAUUCUAUUUAAUAAUAAAAUCCGGCAGACUCUUCAUUAUAAAUGAUUGAAGAAAAUACUUAGUUUAGAAUGGAAUUUGAUAGAUUACUUGGUAUAUAUGUAAAGGAAUCUUAAAAAACAGAAUAAUUGAAUUCAGAAAAAUAAGAAUAACUGAAUUCAGAAAAAUAAGAAUAACUGUAAAAAGAAAAAUAAGAAUUACUGUAAAAAGAAAAAUAAGUAUUACGGUAAAAUGAAUAAUAAGUAUUACAGUAAAAUGAAUAAUAAGAAUUAUUGUAUAAAUUAGAAGGUGAGUGGGAGUAGCUUUACAAGGGCUCGACAGAUGGAUUUAAAGCAUAAAAAUUUCACUAAAAGUGCGAUAAUAAAGGACCCACAGUUACGUUUAUUUUAAGUGAAUUCGGAUAAGUUUUUGGUGGUUACACAUCAGUGCCAUGGAAAACUCCCGAAAACUAUUUCUAGCGAUAAAAAGACAAGAAAGCUUUUGUAUUUUAACUAACCAAGAAUACACUUCAUCCCCUUAAUAUUAGCCAUGUUGAUCACGCAGUAAGUCAUUUUUAGAAUCAAAUCAUUUAAUUUGGAUUGGAUGAUAUUCACAUUGAAGAUGAUUGCAAUUUGAACAAAACAAAUUACUGUAGCAUCGGUAAUACUUACAAACUUUCAAAAAGCAUAAAUUUGGGAAAUUAGACUUCAAAUGAAUACUUAGCUGGUGCCAAGAAAUUUAGGGUGCUAGAAAUAGUAGUUUACUGUGAGAAAAAGGAAAAAAAAUGA